AGAAAUAGAUAUCAUUCAGUACAUAUAUGAGGAUCUUGGCUUAAACAAUGUCUACUGUUCGCGUUGCAUUAGACCCACAUGGGCAAGUGAAAGACAUCCCUAUUUGCGACGGUGUGCUGCACAUCAAGGAACUGAAGUCUGAAUUUCAAGAGGCAACUGGCCUGAAAUACUGCGAUGGAGAUGGGGUUUGGACUGCGGUCGAAAUGGAGAAUGAUGCAUUUAAAAUUACUCAAAAUGACAGUCACCUGUUUGUGGUUGUCAAUAAUGUUUUCACCGUAGAUGGACCUGAUGACAGGAACUUCGAUUCUUGUAAAAGAGAGUAUACCAGCAUCUUGAAGCCAAAACCUCCAAGAAACUUAGCUGUCAUCAUUGGUAACUUUGAGUUUCCCUGGGAGAAUGACAAGCUCCCCGGUGCUAAAACAGAUCUUAAAGUAAUGACAAUGAUGCUGUCUUCACCUCCUUUCAACUUUACUGUAUUGAAGUGCUCAAAUUUGACGAGGAAACAAAUGGAAAUAGUCGCAAAAGAUGCUGAACAUCUAUGUACAAAAGACUUAAAAUCUUUUCUUUGGUUCAUAUCCACUCAUGGAUAUGUUUCUGAUGGACACCAAAUGUUGAAAGGCAUCGAUGGUACAUAUGUCAAACUUACAGAUCUAAUAAUUUCAACUCCAGACCCAUCUACACCCAAAGUAUAUCUUGUAAAUGCUUGCAGAUUUGACGGUCGUGUAGAUCAGGUAGAUCUAGGUGCUGAAUUCCAAGUUGUAGGUGAAUCUGCUGUGCAUGGUGGAGGAGACGGCAGUGCUGGAGAUGAUGACGAAAGUGAAGCAAGACACAAAAUUAGCGAAUCUAGAUCUGGAGGUGAUCCUAGCCCAAAGAUAUUCUCUCCAAUACCAGCAGAUGCUUAUACAGACAGAAUGAUCCACUGUCCAACAAACUUCCUCCUUGUCUACGGGUGUCCUGUAGGGCAAGGAAUCCCAGAUUAUGUACCUCAUCCACCUGAAAGAAUCAGCUGGCUUGUACACAGUCUAAAGAAAGUCGUGAAAAGAUAUCGUGAAGCACAGGAACCUGUUAACCUAUUAAGUCUGCUAACAGAAGCAAAUGGCUACUGUUGUUGUGAAUUAGAUUUAGAAAGAAGAAAGUACACCUUUGUGUUGGAACACAGGCUGACCUCAGAUAAAGGACUAUGCUUUCCUUAACAGAACAUAUGAAUUAAUCUACUGAUAGAUUUACAAAUCUACAUUUGCUGACAUAAAUUUUACAAUGAUAAUAAUAUCAGUGUAAUGAAAUAUGUCAGCAGGCAAUGAUAAAUGUAAUUUUGUGAUUGUAUAAGGCUAUAUAAUACACUCAAAUCUUGCAAUUUUUUCUUAUCCAAAAAAUAUUAUUGAUUAAUAAUAUGUGCAGGGAAUGUGUGGAUUUUUUUUACAUUACGGUUAUGAAUAGCAGCUAGCUGAUCUUUAUAUCCUGUGGAUCUUGUUAAUUGUUGUAUUGGUUCUCUCUAGCUCAAAACGUCAACACUGUAAACGUACUUGUGUUAGCAUGCUCAUAAUAUCCAUAUACAAUAUGUUUUUAUGCUUCAUGAUAUUUUGGUAAUUCAUUUAGCAUUGAAACGAUCUAUAGCAAGCAUUUAUAACAUAAAUGAGUACUUCCAAAUUAAGUGUAACAAUCACUAAUACCAAUGCAACUAUUCUGGGAGAUUGAACAGCAUUACUCAACGAGUAUAUCAGAGAGUUUUAACAUACCCUACAGCUACAGCAUCACUCCAUGAGUAUAUCAGGGAGAGUUGACAUACAGCAUCACUCCACCAGUAUAUCAGGGAGAGUUGACAUACAGCAUCACUCCACGGCUAUAUCAGGAAGAGUUGACAUACAGCAUCACUCCACGAGUAUAUCAAGGAGGGUUGACAUACAGCAUCACUCCACUAGUAUAUCAGGGAGAGUUGACAUACAGCAUCACUCCACCAGUUUAUCAGGGAGAGUUGACAUACAGCAUCACUCCACGAGUAUAUCAGGGAAACAGAAUCACUCCACGAGUGUAUCAGGGAGGGUUGACAUACAGCAUCACUCCACUAGUAUAUCAGGGAGAGUUGACAUACAGCAUCACUCCUCCAGUUUAUCAGGGAGAGUUGACAUACAGCAUCACUCCACCAGUUUAUCAGGGAAACAGAAUCACUCCACGAGUGUAUCAGGGAAAUUUAUCAUACAGAAUCACUCAGUAUCAGAAUCAGAAAGUAUGUAUAAUGUACUCUGACAUGUAGAUUUAUAUUCUUUACAAAAUCUUUUAUAAAAUAUUGUAGAUUAGGGCAGUUUUUACAAUUCAAUUAUAAAAUUGUAUGUUUUCAUCAACACUGAUCUCAGGAAUUUCAGUUGAUAUCAUCUAAGAAUAAUUUACAGCUCUCUUGAUUGUACCUUUUCUGGAUGGCAAUUCAAGAUGUUUCCACCUCAGUUUUGAGAUAUAAAAUCAGCAGGUCCCUCUACACAUAGAUGAUACAUUUAUUUUUAAUGAAAUUAAUUCUUUCCUUAGAAAAGCAUAGAUUAAAACAUUACACGUUACAAUAAUAUGUCAACAGGGGUCAUAUAUAUUGCAAGUAAUUUUGAGACAUUUUAAUAUGCCAGUCCAAUAACGGAACCUAUUAUGAUAUCACGUGAGCAGUCGAUUGUGUGGACAGGCAAGCACGGGGUCCACCACGAUAGUUCAGACAAGUUCGAUAACCACCAUUGUCCGACUAAGUUAAUGAGUUAUACCCCUUUAAUAAAUUGCUGAAACAGUGUCUGCUCGAUAUCUCAAGUAAUUUUCAAUGGAUUAGCUUCAAACCGAGUAACUUUCAAUGGAUUAACUAACUUCAAACCGAAUAAUUUUCAAUGGAUUAACAUCAAACCGAGUAAUUUCUAAUAGAUUAACUUCAAACCGAGUAAUUUUCAAUGGAUUAAUAUCAAACUUCAUGGGAAGGUUGAUUACCAUGAAAACUUGGAUGAUUGGAUAACCACCAUUGUCUGAAUGUAAUUUACGAAGGUAUGCCCCUUUAUUCAAUUGCUGAAAUGGUCUCUGCUCCAUAUCCCUGUUUAUUGUCAAUGGAUUUAUUUCAAACUACAUAGGAAGGUUAUUAUGAGAGCUUAAACUGAUUGAAUAAAAACCAUUAUCCGACAGUAUUUUAGGGAGUUAUGCCCCCUUUAUAAGUGGAGUGAGUGUAAUCACAAUUAAUUCACCAUUAUUAACAGAUUAUUUCCCAUGGUUUCAUUAUUGAUCUACCAGGUAUGUUGGAUUAUACCUCCUUUAACAUCAAUUACUCACAAAUGUUUCAUUUACAAACAACUAUUAAUUCAACGUGUGGUAGGUAUAUUAUGUACCGCUUCAUGGUAGAUUUUGUCACAUUGCCUUUUUUCCCACUUGAAAGUUUUAAAAUAUGAUGUCCAAGAUAUAUAGUAACAUUUAAUUAACCAAUUGUAAGUGCUUUCAAUUUUAUGCAAAAAUAUCUACAUAAUAUCUUAUUUUAUACUCACUUGUCCUUCGUUCAUUGUGUAAUUAUUUGAAUCGUGUGUCAUAUCAUGAUGAACUGUUCAUGUUAAGGUAAAGGGUACUUUCAGUUCAGAAUAUGUUAUUACCUUUGUAAUUUUUAUGAAAUCUUAAGUUUUAAUGAUCCCUGUCCCACUACAUUGAGCUUUUCCCUCUACAUGUAGUUUGGAUAUAACUGUAGCACAAUUGGCCAGGACCCUUCUGUUGACCAGUUGGUAGCUCAAUCAGUAAGAGCAAUAGUAUAUAUAUCUGAAGUCCAGGAUUCCCAUCUCGGUCUCAUUGAUUUCUUUUGCAUCAGAACAAUUUUGUAAAUUAUAUUUUGUUGAAAAACUCCUUUUGCUUGCCUUUUUUUCAAAUCUCCAAGUAGGAAUUUUCUUUGUGAUUACAACUGAUGCAAUGGUACCCUCUACCUUGAAUUUUUAGUUCCUAACUCUAAAAAUCAUUGCCUAUUUUUUUUCCCUUACGUCCAAACAUUAUCAAACAAGUGUGUUAUAUGCAUGUUGUGUUGUUAUAUAUUGAUAUGUAUGUUGCCGAUAUAAUACAGUUUAGAGUUAUACUAACCCAGAUGUAGUAAUUAACACUUUUGGUAAUCGCCUG